GUUCAAAGUGCGUUCGCUGGUCAAUGACCCUCGGCUGCUGUUUGGACUGUGACAGUUUUGUCGGGCUUCAUCGCAAAGAAGAAGAAGGAAGACACACCGGGUGAGGAGACAUCGCCAUGACUACUGAAUACCAUGACAACAGUGAAGAGGACAACAGCUCGUUCUGGAACAAAGAGCCUCGACCUGUCUAUUUCUCAGGUGUCCCCAGGUUCAGACGUUGGAUAUUUCCUGCCCUGACAGCGACAGUCAUCCUGGUGCUGAUCAUAGCACUGGGAGCUAGCAACACGAAGACGUCAAAUCGACUGUGGUCUGUGGAGGAGAGUGUUUUGAAUCUGACUGAAUCGGUGGUCGUGGCUCAGAAGCUCAGUGCAGACGCAGCCGCAGACGUUCGCCGGCUCAAGUUUUCUGUGGAGAACAACAAGGACCAGUUGACGUCAGUAUCCGAGGCCCUGAGGCAGCUCUCGACCCUGGACGCUCUCAGCAGGACGGUCACUUCACUGAAAUGUUCCCUCGAACACAUCAUCAACAACAGUUCACAAACGAGCGGCUGUUGUCCUCUGGGUUGGGAUGUUUUCCAGACUUCCUGUUAUUUCUUCAGCAGGACGCCUUUGUCGUGGCACGCUGCAAGAGACUGGUGCAACGAACACGAAUCUCACCUGCUCAUACUCAACAUUGACAAGGAGUGGGACUUUGUGACCCACCAUUCUAGCGGUGCCUUCUUCUGGAUAGGUCUGACCGAUGAGAGAACAGGAAACUGGGAGUGGGUCAACCAGACACCGUACGUCAUGAACCGGAGACGGUGGAAACCUGGUCAGCCGGACAGUUGGAUCCAUCACGGUUUAGGCCCCGGAGACGAGGACUGUGCUCACCUCCACAGCGACGGACGCCUCAACGACCUGCACUGCUCCUCCAUGUUGCGCUUUAUCUGCCAGAAACACAGCGAGCACAACUAAAGACCGCCUCCUCCGAUCAGGCUCCGUCUUUAUGCUGCUCACUUCAUGCGUCCACACAUGAAGACGCCAUUAAACAGUUUGAUCCAACGAAUCAGACUCGUCCGUCU